CCGUUUCAACCGCCAAAAUAUUUGUCACUUUUCGCCGUAUCUUCUUUCGUCUUCAAUUAAAAACGGUUUUAUCUUGGAUUUACAUAAUUUAAACUGUUUUUAACGUAUUCAUUAUCGAACGGAACAAAAUCUUUAAGCUUUUUUAGUUUUAAUUUCGCGAUUACACAAAUAAUUUCGAUAUGGCAAAAGUGCAUAUAACCAACGUCGUCGUGCUGGACAAUCCGAGUCCAUUUCUUAAUCCUUUCCAAUUCGAAUUGACCUUCGAAUGCAUUGAAGAACUAAAGGAGGAUUUAGAAUGGAAGAUGAUAUACGUUGGUUCCGCAGAAACUGAAGAACACGAUCAAGUAUUGGAUACAAUUUACGUCGGACCGAUACCGGAGGGUAGACACAUGUUUGUCUUUCAAGCCCCACCGCCUGAUGUCACCCGGAUACCAGAAAACGACGCAUUGGGUGUCACCGUAGUGUUAUUAACGUGUUCAUACAGAGGACAAGAGUUCGUUAGAGUUGGUUACUUUAUAAAUAACGAAUACAGUGAAAGUGAGCCAGAGUUAAGAGAAAAUCCACCAGCAAAGCCUCAAUUUGACAAGGUAGUGAGAAAUAUACUCGCUUCCGAGCCUCGCGUGACUCGGUUCAAGAUUAAUUGGGCUGAACCUGAUUCAGGAAUGGCAGCGGACUCCGGAGAUGCUAAUCUUGAAGCAUCUCAUGCCCCUAGUAACGAUUCUUAUGGUGCAUCAUUUAAUGCGGAUAGUCAAAUUAGUGGUAUGGAAUUUCAAGGAAGUUUAAGUGGUUACGGUGAUAAUUCAAAUUCAAUAGCACCAAUGGAAUGCUGAGAUUAUAAUUGAACAAGAUCAAAAAGCAAUAUGUUAGUGAACGGAGAAUAUGGGUCUGAAAACUAUUGCAAUAAAUGUCACUUAUUAAUGAGAUAUUGUGAUUAAUGUGUUUAAAAAAAUCUUUUUUGUGUGUACAUAUUAAAGAAAAUAAAUGGGAUAGUAACAAUACAGUAAAACACAGAUUAUCCAAAGUAAUUAGGACCGGGGUAGAUUCGUAAAUCAUAUUGAACAUAAAGAAAAAUGAACUGUCACACAUAGAAUAAACGUUAUUCAGUUUAACACGCAUUACUGCUAACUUGAACAUCUCAAUCACAGUUAGUUCCUCUUUCCCUUCCCAUCCUUUUUCUUAUAAGGAUGAUAUUCAGUCCAUAUGGAAUUUGAAAACAUCUAAGUGUCCAUAUGUUGUACCAGACUAUGUUCUACAUUUAUGCCAAAUUUUAAUGAAUUCUGUUGAGCUGUUUU